AGCGACUCUUGUUAAUGGCGAAUUUCCUGGACCCUUGAUUUCAGCGCAGAAGGGAGAUAACUUUUCCAUUUUGGUGGCCAACGAGCUCACGGAUACCUCCAUGUACACGGUUACUAGCGUCCAUUGGCAUGCCAUCUACCAGAAUGGGACGAGCUAUGCCGACGGGACGAGCACCGUCACGCAAUGCCCCAUUGCGCAGAACCAAUCUUAUUUACAGUCUUUUUUGGCCCAGAAUCAGGCAGGCACUUACUGGUAUCACAGUCAUUAUUCUGUUCAAUAGUGCGAUGGUCUCAGGGGAGCCCUGGUAAUUUAUGAUCCUGACGACCCUUAUGCAUCCCAUGUAUGAUGUCGACGAUGGUGAGCCAGAAAUUU